AAAAAGGUAUAGAACAGGCAACCUCAACAGGCGUCCUCAUCCUAGUUGUCGAUUCCAUACUGACACCGAAACCAGGCAUAGAAGCAAUUCUACCCAAGUUGUGUCUCGCACGUCACUGAGCUGGAAAAGAACGCGAAGGCAUCUUGCAGGCUCACCAAGAUCGCACAUCAUCAUGACGCAGCUUUUCGCCAAUCUUCAUUUCUCCCCUCGCUCCUUCAGUUUCUCCUCGACCAAGGUCAGCACCAAUGUAGCCAUAGCGGGAGCUGUCUACGCUGUCUAUUUGGCAACCCACCACCUCCGCGCCUAUGCGACCCACCGGCGCCGUCUUGCUCGGAAAGAACGACGACUCGCAGAGAUGCCAGCCGGGACCGAAGUCGAGGGUGUCCUCACCGGGCCUCUGACUCAGACCACACGCAUACCCUACUAUGUUGCUGGCGUCCCGUCGAAGGAACACAACAUCGUCGUGCUCGUGGCAGGCAACGGACUCUCGGCAGAGUAUUGGCGGGCCUUGCAGCGUCACCUUGCCGCUAACGGAGUGGCCAGUGUCGCUUAUGAUCGAUUCACGACAACGCAUAACGUUAGGGAUCCGCGGGAACUCACUAUUGCUAGCCAUACAGACGAGUUCGCUGCCUUCAUGCAUUAUUUGCAGAUUGAGGGGCCGAUCCUUGCCAGCAGCCCAACUUCGUUCGUGAUCGUCGGGCACUCGAUGGGAUGUGCGGUCGUCCAAGCGUACAUCCAGCGUUUGAUCAAGCAACGCCAGACCAAACUUUCUGAAACUUCGUCCACGCCAAAAGCCAAAAUUCGUGCCGUCGUGCUCGCCGACCCGACCCCUUCGCACGCUCUCGAGGCUGAUCCGAAGGCCAAAGAAGCAUUCAGGAAGAACAUGUCACGUCUCUCUGCUGUUUUGCCUUUUGUCUCCGUCCUCGCCGAUCUGGCACUUAUCCGCCCCUUUACGGACCUCAUCCUCGUCGGUAGCGCGCUCAAACGCAGCGUUCAGCGUAAAAGUGCCACUACUCUCACACCCACGUUCUCCGAAAGUUCAACCCUCCUCAACAUGUUUGCCACCGGCUUCCUUCUCCGCAGAUUCAACCAGGAGCUCCGCACUUUGCCCACCACUAUCGCGGAGAGCGCGAGGGAAGUAGAAGCUCCAAGCCGAUGGGUCUAUGACCAUGACGAUGAUGAGAAGAGGGUCGUGAGGGAAACUAUCCUCGUUAAUGGAAAGGGCGAGAACCCGUUUGGAUGGACUUUGGAAGAGAUGGCUCAGAAGGAUAAAGAGAUUGUGGAGAGUUGGAAGGCAAAGAAGCAUCUUUUGGAUAGAUCUACGCCUCACAUGGAGUUGGUGAAUAGUGCGGUGCUUGUCCAGGCGAUCUUGGAAGUCGUUCAGUAAGCUUGCCAAUUGGUGGUGGCCGUAUGAUCUGCGCAGAGGAACUCGCCGAGACGUGGAGUUGCGACGACAGCCACUCUCGGUAGUCGUUGUUCAUAGUUGUUCUGUGCUUUGUUUUUCAAAAUCCUGAUCCAUUUGACAAUACAUUCAAGUUGUGCGCAACACUCA